AUGGCUUCCUUAACAACAGGUGCAGUGCAAGAGAUAGCUAAUUUGCAGAGAGAAGACGGUCGUCAGCGUUUAAGGGAAUUAUUAAAAUGGAAAAAGUUUGACGAAGAACGUGAUUUGAGACCAAGCAUUCUUCUUGACUUUGUCUAUGAGAGUCUUGUGUUUGCUGUGAAGAAGGGGUUCCCGUGGCAUGCUGUGGCACUGGUUAUCAAGAUAUCGCAAGACAUUUUUAAUGACUGUAAAGAUCUUAGUGUUACCAAAUCUGUAGAGCUGCUCAGGAAUAAACUCUCAAAAUGUGAAACCCAACUGGCCCAGAAUCACCAUCUGGCCUUCCUAGAUUUCCUCAUGGACACCUUUAUCAGACACCAUGGGCUGUACCAGUUUGUGGUGCGUGGAGAGAGAGAGGUAGACUGCACAGUGAUCGAGCUGCAGGUCCACACCCCGCCAAAUCCCCUGCCGCUGAGUGAGGGUACAGAUAGUCAGGUGUGGCAGUACCAGCAGAGGAUGGCAACGCUGACAGGUGAUGAGAACCAGAAACGGAUCAGCAUGCUGCUGCUCAAGGAAACUGCUUACCAUGAGACAGAGCGGAGACUAGACAUGCUUUACAAAGACUUCGCGGUUCAAGACACAGGCACUCUGCAAAGACAGGUCCUGGAAAAAGUGGUGCAAGAUGCAGUGAGGUCUCAGGUAGAGGUCUUGGAGGAAAUUCUCCUCAAGGAAGUACAAUUGUCCCUGGAGAUCCUGGAACUAAAACUGCAACAGAAGACUUUACCAUGUCCAAACACCUCCCCUACCCUAACAAACAGCCCUGCCUCAACCAAAACAGAGACAACCGCUGGCUCCUCUUCCAAAACCUCCUUUGCACGUGCACCCAAAGGAAAGAAAAGAUAGUGAGAAAUGCUAAGAAAAAAUAAUAUGAUUCUGUAUUUGUUUCAACCCUCUCUUUUAGUGUUCCUGUUCCCUUUUCCUUUAGUUUAUUUAGUCAUGAUAUUAUUCUUAACUUUUUAGCAUGUAAGCUUACAUAACGGUGUGUGAGGGAAGUCUGUGGAAUAGUCAAGUAUGAUUAACACCUGUUUCAUUUCCUGGGAUUUUCAUUAGCUUGAAUAUCUCUGCCUGGCUUCAUUUGAUGAGAUGCUGGUUAGACGUAUAGAAUAAAUUGAAAAUUAUCACAUUAAAUAGCAAAGCCCCUGCAACCCGUUGCACAAAUUAACAGGUUUCAAUAAUGAACCUGAGUCAACACAAAAAUAAAUAAAACAAAUGAAUAUGUUACUCUAAAUAAUGAGUGAUUUAUUACUGUAUUUUGUAAGCACCUGAAAAACAUUGAAAAGGUGCAAGCCUAGUCAUAAGUACCGAUCAUGCAGCAUACAGAAAAAUUCAGACUAAUUUAUCAGUAAUAAAAUGUGAUUCAUUAAUCAGUUUUAUAGAAGUGUACAUGGAGUGCUGCGUUUAAUUUCACUCUGUUAAUUUCCUCAUUCAUGGAAAAACUACAGUAUUGCAUGAACAUUCCUCAUAUGAAUUACAGGGAAUCUAGACACUUACAUGCUUACUUUUUUCAUUAUUCAAUAUUUAAAUUCUUAUUUCUAACAGACAGAAAAUCAACAUAUAAAGUAAGAAUGUGAACGAUGCCCCCAGUCAGAGAGAGCAGGCCUGUGAGAUGUUAAUCAGUGAAGCUAUUUUUCCUCUCAUAAUGAACAGCGAGUUCCUUUCCUUAGCCCUGACUUUUUAAAUGGUGAGUAGAACCCAAACAUCCUGACAGAGUAGUUGGUCUUAUCAGGCAGGAAACACUGCACUCUGGGCACAUCCUCCACAAGGAACACGACUCAACCAUUCCCAAAACAUGCAGGAAAACUAGCCAGACACCAGGAUUUGUCAGAGCACCAGAAUUCCUUUUUUAUCAAAAAAAAAAAAAAAAAAAAAAAAAGUGUAAAGCAGUUAACUGACAGGUUUUUCUCCUAAGAUUACACAUGGCUGUAGCAGCUAGAUUGGCCUAAUGGUUUUGGAUUUGCUAAAACAAACAAAGAAAAAAAAACAGGUUAACUACAGUGUUGGUCUGUAAUAGAAUGGACUAGAGAAUGGCUGAGGCCCAAUCAGUGUUUCUAAUUCAGGUGCAAGACAUUAUGACUAAGAGCUCUGAAAUCCUCAGCUUGAAUGCCAGUUCAGCGAUUGAGCUGGUGGACACCCAAAACCUGUUUUGCAAAGCUUUUCAGUCAUAUUGUGUGGGUAGUAACAGGAACCAAUAUCAAUAGAAAACAGUUGUUGUCUUUGGUUUGGGCUAUACUGCUAGGUAAGUGAUUGGUAUGCAUAAUUCAUGUGAUUGUGAAAAUGUGUCGCUUAGGGAGUGCAUGGUUGGCAGUUAGUACCCAGACAGCCUUCACCUUGUUACACGUGCACAAUUUAUUUAUUUCCAUACAAUGAAGACAAUGAAUUACAAAGAAAUAUUUUAUGCAUUACAGUUGUAAAAUACUGGGCUGAUGUUAGCCUCAGAUUCAAAUAUUUGCUUCAAAUUCAACCAGUGACUUUCCACUUUCUUCUUCCUUUAAAUCUCCAUGUGUCUGGUGGCAACAUUUAUAGCUUGUUAUUCUACUUGUCUGUUUUUCAGCCCUUCACAUACCUACAGCUAUGGCCAAAAGAAUAAAUAAAAAUAAUUUUGUCUUGAAGGACCAUUUUGGAAGAAUAAGAUGAAACCAUCUUCUGUUGAGCACAUGUGUACAACUAAUGAUCUACCUUCCAAUUUUUUAGCUGGGCUUGGGGAAAAGAUUAACAAAAAGUGACUAGUUACUAUGACAGAGGGUGUGUCAAUAGGGAGAAGUUCAGACUCAAGUUAUUACGCUUCUGCCACAGCAGAUAAAAACGUACCGAGAACAAGUUAGUGAGAUUAAUACUCCUGUCUACAGCUAUGGCCAAAGGUUUUGCAUCAUCCUGUAGAAUUAACUAAUUUUGCUUUAUAAAGUUGA